GCAUACAUUCGUACAUCGUAUUUCGUGAAUCGUGGUUUCAUCAAUAUAUUAAGAGAAACAAUAAAGUUUAUAUCAUUUACAAGCAAAAUAUUAAUUAACAAUUCAAAUUACAAGUGUGUGAUAAUAGUAAAUUACGCAAUAAAUAUUUUCGUUGAUAAUUGUGAUGUUUUGUAAAAGUAAUAUCAAGAAUGCCAAUACAGGCACCACAGUGGACUGAAUUUCUCACUUGUCCAGUUUGCUGUCACGAUUUUGAUUCAACAGCUCGUGGACCAAUAUCACUAGGAUGUGGACACACUAUUUGUCGUACUUGCCUCGCUAAUUUACAUCGCAAGCAGUGUCCAUUUGAUCAAAAUAAUAUUAAUACGGAAAUAGAAAUAUUACCAGUAAAUGAAGCGUUAUUACAAUUAGUUGGUAAUACGACUCCAAAUGACAACUACGUUCAUCAUACGUUAGUACAACCUGAAAAUCAUGGCGACUAUUUGAUUGCUAAAAAAUGUAUCGAAGAGUUAGCUCUCUAUUUAAAACCAUGUCAAGCAAUACCAGCAAAUGGUAUAGGCAUGGGCCUCGUCUCUCGACCAAUGCAACGAAAACUCGUAACGUUGGUCGGUUGUCAGUUGGUAGAACCAGAAGGACGAGCGCGUGCUGUGAGAGCGGCACGAAGUCUAGGCGAGCGUUCCGUCACUGAAUUAAUUCUCCAGCAUCAAAAUUCACAGCAGCUGAGUGCCAACUUGUGGGCAGCUGUUCGGGCUCGUGGUUGUCAAUUCCUUGGUCCAGCGAUGCAGGAAGAAGUUCUCAAGUUAGUGCUACUUGCUUUGGAAGAUGGGUCUGCAAUGUCGCGUAAAGUGCUGGUAAUGUUUGUGGUCCAGCGACUGGAGCCGCAUUUCCCUCAGGCUUCCAAGACAAGCAUUGGACACGUGGUCCAGCUUCUGUACCGUGCUAGCUGUUUCAAAGUAUCUAAGCGUGAAGGAGAUUCUUCAUUGAUGCAGUUGAAAGAAGAGUUCAGGACUUACGAGGCGCUGAGACGUGAACACGAUGCUCAGAUUGUUCAAAUAGCGACUGAAGCAGGUUUAAGAAUAGCUCCAGACCAGUGGUCUGCUUUGUUGUACGGUGACACUGGUCACAAAUCACACAUGCAGAGUAUAAUAGACAAACUACAAACUCCUCAAUCGUUUGCUCAAAGUGUCCAAGAGCUGAUGAUUGCUCUACAACGUACUCCAGACCCCGGACAGCUGAGUAGUUUAAGGCCGCAACUGGAACUACUUGCUGGCAUUGAUCCUAAUCCUGAAAUCGAGUAUCCCAAUUGGGCGACAACACGCGCAGCUCUAGAAGCUGUAAAGACUGUAGUCACGGCACUCGUUGAAUACAUUCAGAAACACGGAAAUCGUAAAUCUCAAGAGAAUAUUCACAGUACUGGUCCAGGACAAUUGAAAUAUAAAAUCAGUAUGUGCCGUGAUUUAGCUCUACGUGGUUCGUGUCCACGUGCUACUAAUUGUACAUUUGCUCACAGUGAUUUAGAACUAGACAAAUAUCGCUCGAAGCAUCGUAAGCUUAGCAUGCGUUCCAGUGUACCUUCAUCAGGUAGCCCAGACCAUAAAAUAAUAAUCGAAAAACCAGCCGUAAUUUCACCAACUCAAAUUCAACAAAAAUCAUUUACACUGCACACUGAUUUGAAUUAUCAAACUAAAAUAAAUGACAGUCACUGUGAAAAUUUUUAUAACGUAGGUUCUGUUAAUUCGGUAAAUUGUUUGCAACAUCCAUUAAUUAAUAACGAAAAUUAUAUGAACAAUAUGGGUAAUUACGUACUACCGAAUUCACAGUGUCAGCAAGUAACAGAUAAAAAUAUUGAUCUUCAAUGCCCGCAUUACAUUGUACAGCCACCUAUUGAUUAUUCUAAUGCCAAUCUACACAUGUGGGAUACAUUACAAGUACCUACUUCAGGUCUUAAUGGUCAUCAGAAUAAUAACAAUAACAAUAACAAAAAACAAAAAUCAGUCGCUAAAACUUUGGCGCUAUUAUUGCAACGGAGAAUGGAAAUAAUAAAUCAGUUAGAAAAUAUAAUAGGCAAGCCCACGAGUCAACAGCAAUUAAAAAUAAACUAUGAUCCACAAGAUCCAUUACCGCCUACUUAUCCCACAUGGACGAACGCUGCGCCUGUAUCACAAAUGACACCUCAGCAAAUAAAUUACGGAAAUAAUUUUCAUCGGUCUGACUCAAUAUUAUUUGACGAUGAAUUCAUUCCAUUUGACGCGUCUGCUGCUAAUAAAUACGGACCGAUCUCCAGGAUAUCCAAAUCGAUAUUGAGGCCCGCUAAUGGUACGCAACACAAUCCCAUGUACGGUGAGAAUAUUAAUCCUUCAAUACAAAAUAUAAGACCAAUUUCUACUGCUAAUUCUGUUGGGCCCUGGUACUACACUCAACCUUACGGAACUGUGGGAACAAAUGCUGGACUACAGACAAUACAAAAUUCAAAUUUAGACGAGACUUACGUUACUUUGGAGCCUUGUAAUAAAUUAUCAGAACCGUCGCCUCAUGUUCAAUUAACACGACAAGAGAAUGUGUCUAAAGAUCUUAUUUUGGAGUCUCAAAAAGUUAAGCAGCAGUUGAAGCAUUUGGAGAAAAAAAUAAAUGACUUGAAGUUAGCGACUCAAGGAGCAGCAUUUAACGAGGGCGAAAGACUGACACAAGAACUUCACAUAAUUGAAGCUGGCAUUAGGGAAAAAGAAAAGGAUGUUCGUAAUUGGGAUCCAUACUGCAAUGUAACCGGUGUGCAACCAGUGGAUUAUGUAUCCGAUCAAACAAUCAAUCAAUCUAUAAAUCCCGUCAAAGACCAGGAAGACUCUUACGAAGCAGAAAUAGCUAAUGACAUACGUGAGCUAGAAAUGCGAUGGGAUUACGAGCUACAAGAACAAGAGAAACGUUGGUCUAAUGAAGAGGAUAACGUCAAACAGUUAUAGCUUACAUUAAAUUGAGUAAAAAAAAAAAA